AUGCCUCCAAAUGUUCUGACUCUCAAGCAACGGCUCGCUGCAUUGUCAACUUCUCUCCCCGGUGCUCGCCAGGACACCCCUCCCCAAUCUCCCAGCGGGAAGCGACGCUUAUUCUUCAACCUCCCGACGCGGCUACAUACUUCCGAUGGCCCUCGAGAAGGCGCGGGGCAGGACGAUAUCCAGGACGUCAUGGGCAAGGUGAUCUUCCAGGCAGGCGUGGAUUUUGAAACUCGACCAAUGGUCGUGAUGAACGCAUCGGCGCUGCCAGACCCGCGGGAGGUAGACUAUGACAUCUUGCUUGCACGCAUUCUGUCAUAUCUUGAUCUGUAUGUCGAGUCGGAUUAUACCGUUGUCUUCUUUGCUGCAGGCGGGAGACAUACACCGGGCUGGAAUUGGGUAUGGAAGGCAUAUCGCAGCCUCAGUCGCAAGUACCGCAAAAAUCUGAAGAAAUUGUUUAUAGUCCAUUCUAGUUUUUUCACGAAGAUGCUAUUCUCAUUGGCUGGCACCAUUAUCAGCCCAAAAUUCUUUCGCAAGAUAACUUAUAUUAAUACACUUUCGGAAUUGGCGGCUCAGAUACCACUUACUCAGAUUGAUAUACCUCCGAUGGUGUACCAGGAGAAUCUGAAGCACGAGAGACAAGUUCAAUUGCCGACACCUAGUCGUGCGGACCUGUUUGGUGUGCCGCUCGAGGAACUCAUGGGCUUUGAUGGGGAGAAAGGCGGGCUUCCUCGAGUUGUGAAAGACUGCAUACAAUAUCUGCGACUAACUGGCUUGCAAGACGAGGGGCUUUUCAGAAGAUCGCCUAAUUCUGCCCUUUUAAAGCAAGUGCAACAGGCAUAUGAUCGAGGACAAGUGGUAUCUUUGGAGACCUUUGGGGAUCCUCAUCUUGCUGCCGUACUAUUGAAGAAGUAUCUGCGAGAUCUGCCGACACCACUAUUUCCUGAACAUCUCUACCCGAUAGUAUCCCGGUGUCCUUCUCCUACAGAUGACCCCACCGAUCUAACCUGCAUUACAUAUUUGCGCGACACUUUGCUCCCAGAAUUGCCACAUUGCUGUUAUAUUCUACUGAGCCAUAUUCUGCAAUUAUUACACGAAGUAUCUCUACGAUCGGCGACUAAUCGGAUGGAUGCUCACAACCUCGCCGUCGUCGUCACCCCCAAUCUGGUGUCCGGUUCAAAUCCACUGCGAGAUGUGAUGAUGUGCACCAUUCCGACCGGACCCUCGCCCUUUGACGCUGCUCCGUCAUUCUCCCCCACAGGCCCGAUCUUUGGCAAGACGACGCUCGGGAUGCUGAUUAAGCUGUGCGUUCAGCGAUAUUACGAAGUUUUCGACGAAGUGCACGACCGCAGCGAGGCGAUCCCGCAGGUGCCGUUCGAGCCGCGCCCGUCAACGCCGUCUUCGUCAUCGAGCACGCGCGUCCACGACGAGGAGGAGAUCGACGAUGCGAUGCUCGUGAUGCCCAUUGGUCCCAGCUCCAGCGCAACUUCCGGCUCCAGCAAGCGCAGCUCCGUUGGCGCGGUGCCGUCUGCGUGGCACAGCGGCAGCGACAGCAACAACGCCGGCCCCGUGCCGCCGCCGCUGCCAUACAAGCCGCGGGACUUGAGUAAGCGUGGGCCGCGUAAUGGGGCGGGGCGCUCGGUGAACACGACGAUCGGGAAAGGUGCAGGAGCGAGCGCGAGCACGCACGGCGGGUUCGGGACCGCGCACCGCGCACGGUCGACGAUCAGCAUCGAGCGGGGGACGGCGGCGCGCAAAGGCUCGAUAUCGAUUGGGCGGGGCACGUCGCGCAAGGCGUCGGGCGCGGGCGUGGAGGCGAUGGGGAUCACGGCCGCGGGGUUCUUCGCUGCGCCUGAGACUGCGCCGCCGGUCCCGGUGCUGCCCUCGCAAGUGAGGGCGAACGGGGGCCACAUGCCUGCCGCCUGA